AUGUCAAGGCAUUCUGUCGCCGAUCAAAGUCGCUCAACCGAGACUGGUGAAGCUGAAUUCCUCACCAACCACACAUCAAUUCAACCCAAAGGGCUAUUUUGUAGCAAACAACUCCCACGUGGUUUUACCUGGCGUUACCUCAGGUAUGAUGCUCCAGACUUCCUUGAGUUCGUACCGCCAUAUCGUCAGCAAGGCACCUUCGUUACCUCCCGGGCGAUCCAACUUCCGUGGCGUCAAACCACCUGA